ACGUAUCUCAAAUCCCAUGGUCCCGCCACAGCCAGCCACUCCUUAUGUCCCAGUUGGAGAACCUUUUGGAGAGGCUGCGUCAGGACUGUGUGGGCCGAGGUGGGGGGCCGGACAAGGAGCCCACUUUCUGGGAGGUGCCCUGGGACGAAAUUGUCAUGCUCUGUGUAGAGCACCAACUCCGGGACUGGAACCCUCCUGGGUGCCCCGUGAGUGAAGAUGUCAUCAGUGACGACGGAGAAAUCUCGGUGUAUUUCCUGAGCGAUGGGCUGCAGGGCUUCAUACCGCCGUCCUGCUGGGUGGAUGCCGUAAAGCAGACGCACAGGGACAAGCAGCAGGGGAAGGCAGGGUGUCACCAGAGCAUGUGGCCUCAUCCUCGACUGGCCAGGCCACGUCUUCAACAGAAGCUGUUUCACAGCAUGGUUGAGGACCCUGAGUCCGGAUCCGGUGUUGCCCCUGUUUUGGAUGCUGCCUCCAGCCCCCAGGACCUCCUGGCUCGCAUUGAGGAGGAGAAAGAACAGAGCCGCAGGUUCGAGGACCAGCUGCGUACCUGGCUUGACGUCGAGUCCCUGGGCCCUUCCUCUUCCUCCUCACCACUUUUCUUGCCUUCUUCGUUACUGUCUGUACCGGAGAUCGUAGUGCCCUCCCCAAAGAUGGCUGCCCCACCUGCACUUGCCCUGGUAUUGACCCUGUGCCUACACAGGUGCUCACAUUUUAAGACCCCAAGUACCCUGUGCUCAUCAGUUGAGACUGUUUCUGUGCCCAUUUUUGUAGCAGAAGGAGCGCAGUGUCCGCAGUGACCAGGCCAGGGGAGCUGCCAGUUUGUAUAUUUCCGCAGAUGUGACACAGGCGCGGAUAUAAUCUCCCAGGCC